GCUGUAUAUAUAAGCCAUCUGUUCCUCCUCCGUUGUUGUGAAAUCGCCUCCCACACACAAGAACGACUCAUCGCGCGCUUCCUUGGCUGCACUCCUCGGAGCUCCAGCGUUGGAAUCGGCCAUGGAUCCACGGCUGCACUACUCCAGGCGACUCCUGCUACAGCUGCAGGGGCCGGCCGCGUGCCCGUCGCCCGUCCCCGCGACGCCCAGCGCCGCCGUUCUUCUGGACGCUCGGCCGGGCCCGGCACCGGCAGCGGCAGGCGACCUCAACUCCGACACGAUCCUCACGAUCGCGCUCCUCACGUGCGGCAUCGUCGCGGCGCUCACGUUCCGCGUCGUGUUCCAGUGCGCGCUCCGCGUCACGCGCGGCGCGUGCUGCGGCGGAUCCGACGACGCGGCGCAGGACGACGACGACGACGACGUCGAGGAGCGGCAGCACGCGGGCGGAGGCGCGGGGCCGGCGCAGCUGCCGCAGGGCGCCCUGGCGCGGCACGGGCACGGGCACGGGAACGGGAGGAAGCAGCCGCGGCGGCUCCCGGCGGCGCUGGUGCAGGCGCUGCCGUGCCUGGCGUUCUCGGCGGGGCUGGAGCUGGCCGGGUCGUCGCGGUCGGAGUGCGCCAUCUGCCUCGCCGAGUUCGCGCGCGGGGAGGCGGUGCGCGUGCUGCCGCGCUGCAACCACGGCUUCCACGCGCGCUGCAUUGACCGCUGGCUCGCGGCGUGGCCGACGUGCCCUACCUGCAGACAGGCGCCGUUUGCCGAGCCCACCGUGUUACUGUAGCCAUACAACUACAGGCGCUGUGGCCUAUGGGGUCUGGGGCCAGUCGCCGUGGAAUACUGGUCAUAUUUAGGCGAUCGCGUGCGUGACUGUGUGGAGCCAUAGCCCUUGGCGCGGUCGUUUGUAGUGUUUGUACAUUAGCAGUGUGCUAACGUAAUAUUGGCAGCGCGUUACAUGGUCUCAGUAAAAUAGAUUUGUGGUUCCUAAA